AGGAAAACAACCUGAUUUUGCUUCCAAUUUGGACAAGUUCCCCAACGCUGAAAGACACGAAACUCCGUCGUACUGAGGCAGAGCAAAGAGUACUCUCUCGUUCACCUGAUUAUUCGUGCCCAAGACGGCGCCAGCUGGCGUUCUCCCCCCUUUUCCAAGUCCUCGUCCACCGACGGUUGUCGAAUUGCGCCAAAUGGGUGACUCUGCCGCUACCAUAGCUGUUCAUCCCGAGGAGGAGCAGGACGAGGAUUGGGAGGAUGAGGUGGUGGUCUCCAAGAUAAGACAAAAAGAAGAGCUGGGGUUAGGCGGUAUGAUUUUGUUGACAAUAUGUUUGACUGGAGUGCAGUUCACAUGGACGGUAGAGUUGGCAUAUGGGACACCGUACCUUACUUCUCUCAAUCUGCCAAAAGCUUUGACCGCCCUUGUUUGGUUGGCUGGACCUUUAUCCGGUUUGUUGAUUCAGCCUAUUGUUGGAGUGUAUAGUGAUAAAUGUACCCUCCGCUUGGGACGAAGAAGGCCUUUCAUGUUAGGCGGCGGCUUGUUGGUACUCAUGUCCAUUGGAAUGAUUGCUUAUUCUCGCGAGAUUGCGCAUUUAAUUUGGGGGACCUCUCCUGAUAAGAUGAGCUCGAUACAGGCGGCAACGAUUAUUGUAGCAGUCACUGGCUUCUACUUCUUGGACUUUUCCAUCAAUGCUGUCCAGGCCAGUUGUCGCUCACUUAUCGUAGACGUCGCGCCGAUCUGGCAACAAGAGUCUGCCAACGCCUGGGGAGGUCGAAUGAUUGGCGUCGGGAAUGUCAUUGGAUACUUUAUGGGGUUUCUGGACCUUCCUGUGUACUUCCCAUUCCUGGGAGACACCCAGAUGAAAGUUCUAUGCUGGUUGGCGGGACUGUGGUUCUCCACCUCGCUGGGUCUGACCUGCUGGUUCAUCAAAGAGAAGCGAUAUGUACCCGAUCCGGUACAGAAGGCACGAGCUUGGUAUAGACCGCUAUUAGACAUAUUCCAAGCUUUAAGGUCACUGCCUGCUCCAUUACAGAGCAUCUGCAAUGUGCAAUUUUUUGCGUGGCUGGGCGUUUUUCCUUUCCUGUUCUACAGCACCACGUGGGUAGGCGAGAAGGCCAUCAAAAGUCACAUUGGCGGUUUUGACGAUGACGGCGACAUGGAAGGCACGCGUGCUGGUUCCUUUGCUAUGCUCUUGUUUGCGAUUGUGUCUCUUGUGACCGGAUUUCUGUUACCGUUGAUUACGGUUCGAGGCGGUGGAGACGAUGACACUCGGGACGAAGAAGAGGGCAAUGCUUCACGAUGUGGAACUUGCCGUAAUUACUUGCUACGACUCCUCAGCUUGCCCGCUGUUUGGGCAAUAAGCAUAUGGUUAUUUGCGGGAUUGAUGUUCUCUACUGGAUUCAUCGACACCUUGAAACCAGCAACUGCCAUCAUUGCCGCAGUUGGUAUAUCAUGGGGUACGAUGCAAUGGGUACCCUUCACUCUUCUCGGAGAAUGCAUCAACUACUACGCGGAAAACGGCGACAUUGUAACACCGACCCCGAGCGUUGCGCGAGAAAGGGUAGCCAGGUACGCCGGCGUACCUGAAGAUGAUGAAGGGUAUGAUGGUAUACCCGAAGAUGACGACAUAGCGCGGAUUGUACGUGAUGACGCCACUAUGUCUCAAAAUGAAGGACUUCUUCCGGAUAGCAACGCACCGUCGUGCAGCAGCCAUCACUUGGACGCUGGCAUGGUGUUGGGUAUUCACAAUAUCUACAUUGUCCUUCCCCAGUUCCUUUCAACCUUUCUCUGCAGCGUCGUUUUUGCCAUCAUUGGAUACAUAGCCAAACAACAUGGGGGAGACGGAAGGAGACUAGGAGGGGAUAUUGAAGUAGACCCGUAUGAUUCUGUAGGGUGGGUCCUUAGAAUUGGAGCGAUAUCUAGUAUCGUGGCUGGCUUUAUGGCUUUAAAAGUUCGGGAAACUCACGGCAAAAGGUCCUCGGAGGUCGUGAUCGGAGGCAGUGAGCAAUGAGUUACUUUUGUAAAAUAAUUCUUUGAGUGGAUUGGUUUAAUUAGAUUGCCAAGUUGUAUUUUGAGGUUAUGUGCAACAAAAUACGAAUGGUCGGUAGAUUACGA